AUGUCGACGCUCAAACGACACUUAAUUGAGGGCGAAUACCAAGACCCCCCCAGCUCGCGGACCAUCAGUGAUGCAGGCGAAAGGGCACCUGAUAGUUCAGUUGUCAUUAUUUUUUCCCCACAUUGCUGUGAAUCCGUUGCCGUCGACGAGAGGGCGCUGUUCAGCGGGCUCUGUCCGCUGCGCUAUCACCGCUUACCAAAGAUCUCUCUGGUGGAACUUAUGACCGCCGUGGUGCGCAAAGACGAGUACUCCGGGUGA